CGCUUCUGGGCAGCCGAGCCCAUGUCGGCCCUGAGGCGCUCGGGCUACGGCCCCAGUGAGGGGCCGCACUACGGCCACUACUACGGGCCUGGGGGUGGAGAUGUGCCCGUGCACCCACCGGCCACCAUAUACUCUCCUCGCCCGGAACCUUCCCAACCCCCAGUUUCCUGGCGGGCGCGCGGGGGCGGCCCGGCCGAGACCACCUGGCCAGGAGAAGGCGGAGGAGGGGAUGGCUACUAUUCUUGUGGGGGCGCCUGGACAGAGCCGGGUAGAGCUGGAGGGACCCACCAGGAACAACCACCAUAUCCUAGCUACAAUUCAAACUAUUGGAAUUCUUCUGUCCGACCUAGGGCUCCUUACCCAAGUACAUAUUCUGCAAGACCAGAAUUACAAGGACAGAGUUUGAAUUCUUAUACAAAUGGAGCUUAUGGUCUACCAUACCCCCCUGGCCCUGGGGCAAAUACAGCCCCAUACUCUGGGGCAUAUUAUGCACCUGGAUAUACUCAGACUAGUUACUCCACAGAUGUCCCAAGCACUUACCGUUCACCUGGCAACAGCCCAACUCCAGUCUCUCAUUGGGUGUAUCCCCAGCAGGACUGCCAGACUGAAGCACCCCCUCUUAGGGGGCAGGUUCCAGGAUAUCCUGCUUCACAGAACCCUGGAAUGACCCUGCCCCAUUAUCCUUAUGGGGAUGGUAAUCGUAGUGUUCCACAACCGGGAGCGACUGUACGACCACAAGAGGACACAUGGGCGUCUCCUGGUGCUUAUGGACUGGGAGCCCGUUACCCUUGGCCUUCAGCUGCAUCCUCAGCACCACCUGGGAAUCUCUACCUGACUGAAAGCACUUCAUCCUGGCCCAGCAGCAGCUCUCCUCAGCUGCCACCUUCACCACCACCCCAGCAGCUCAAGGAUUCCUCAUACUCCUACAGUCAAUCAGAUCAAGGCACGAACCGACACAACUUUCCUUGCACUGCCCAUCAGUAUGAAUCCUCAGGGUCAGUGAACACUGAUAAUUCAGACCUUUUGGAUUCCCAAGUCCAGUACAGUGCUGAGCCCCAGCUGUACAGUAAUGCCACCAGUGAAAAUCCCAGCAAUCAAGAUCAGAGUAAUCUUCCUGAAGAGUGCUUAUCUGCAGAUGAAAGUACUCCUCCAAGUAUUAAAAAAAUCAUACAUGUGCUGGAGAAGGUCCAGUAUCUUGAGCAAGAAGUAGAAGAGUUUGUAGGAAAAAAGACAGAUAAAGCAUACUGGCUUCUGGAAGAAAUGCUAACCAAGGAACUUUUGGAACUGGAUUCAGUUGAAACUGGGGGCCAAGACUCUGUCCGGCAGGCCAGGAAAGAGGCUGUUUGUAAGAUCCAGGCCAUAUUGGAGAAACUGGAAAAAAAAGGAUUAUGAAAGGAUUUAGAGCAAAGUGGAAGCCUGUUACUAAUUUGACCAAAGAACUCUUCAUUUUGGUUUAUUACCCUCUUUUUGAAAUGGCUGUUGAUGAGAAGAAGCAAUACAUUCUAACUUUCCUUUGAUUUAAGACUUUGAAGACUAGCAAAGGACUUGGAAGAACAUUUCAGUUAUGAAUUGUUUUCCAUUUUCAGACCAGUGAAUGUAAUAGGAAACACUAGAGUUAACCAGUAUUGCCAAGCAGAUUCAGUCUUUCUAAAGAAAUUUAUGAGUCAGUGCAAGCUGCUGCUUAUGAGCAGGAGGGCAAUCCACUGUCUGUAACAGGCUUAUCAGGAACCUACCAGAUGAGACUGGAUAUAAUCCGAGACAAACAGGCUCUGUUUUUUUAAACAGCUGGAUUACUUGUCAAAUUUUUGUACAUUGUAACUGCUUUCAGCAUACACUGUGUGUGUAAAUUACAGCUUGGACUUUAGCCUUCUUGGACCUCUUGUUUUGUUAUUUGUGGUUCAUAAAUAUAGUAUUCUCUACUUCUUGGUACAUUUUGUAGUAAUAUGUUUAAUAUAAUUAAAUUAACUCAAGAGAACAUAUUGACAGCCCGACAGUAUGGCAAUUCUGAAUGAAUUUAUAUCUUUUCACCACUUGAAUAUUUUGCAAUGUGUAGUGAUUUCUUGAUGUGUAAAUUGUUUGUCUCGUUUUUUCUAUAGAUCAUCAUUAGGUUACAGUUUUUACUACUUCUACUUUUCAUGGUAGUAGUGGAAGAUAAAUUUGGAAAUGGCAUUGACAUAGGAAUGAAAAUGUUUAAAAUUACUUUCUUUUUAACAAAGUGUAGCUCUUUUCACUAUUGCUGCUUGUGUAGAGAACAUUGUGAUAGAUACUGAUGAAAAAUUAAAUGUUACAAUGUUUAAAUGUAGAAACAAUGAUUGCAAGAAGUAAUAUAAUUAUCUAAAUAAUACCAUUCUUCAUCUAAAAUACUAGUUUCACCUUUAAGAUCCCUAUGAGCAGAUUUCCGCUCAGUUUGUAGUUAAAAAACAAUGGGUAUGAAAGGGGAUUCUUGCUCAGGGAAUGAAUCAGCCAUAUAGAAUGGAAAGUUAUUUUCUUUUAAAGGUAGAUUUGAUGUUUAUCUUUAUUUCCUUAAGUUAAUUGCAGACAGAAUUGCCUGUUUUAUAAAAAUAUGUUUAUUGCCAUUAAUAACAGUCAUUUCAGAGCCAAAUUUAAAGAAGAGGUAUUGAAAGAAUCUUAUCUGGGCUGGCUUGGGUAGCUCUAAUGCUGUUAUAUAAAAGAGAUUUAUGUAAAUAACUUACUUUUUACAUCUGAGGUGAGUUCUAGUAUACAGUAUCUGUUGUUAGAAAAACAGCUGUUUCUUAAGAUAUCUAAGUGAAAUGUUUUUUCCUAGACUGCUAAGCUUAUUAGUGAUAAAUCUCUCAGUCAUCUGUCCCAUACCUCCUUCCCCAAUAAACAAAACAAAACUAAUACAAACACACUAUGUUAUGAGAAGAAAUGUAGUAAAAAUAUUGGCUUGGUCUUGUAGUUUGGAUGAGUGAUUUCCUGAGAUAACAUGGUGAUAAUUGAUAAUUUUAUUCUAGAAUUUUUAUUUUUGUCUAAUAAAGGAAAUCUAAAGAAUAGCUUUUCUGUAAAAAUUAGGAAACUGUACUUGAAACUAAAACUUUAGAAGGGGGAGGACCUUAAAGAUAAGUUGUCAUAAACCAGUGAGAAAAUGACUAAUUCAGGAAAGAACACUAGUAUUUAACUUAUUGAGUGUCCAAGAUGCCAAUUUCCAUAUAUAUAAUAUAUAUAAAUAUUUACACACAUACACAUUAUGCACAAAUAUACAUAUGUGUGUGUUUAGUGGUAUUUUUUUAAUUUUGAGAUAAUUUUAGGUUUAUAGAAGAGUUGUAAAAAUUAAUAGAGUUCCAGUAUACCAUUCACCCAAGUUCCCCUUAUGUAGCCAUAGAGCAUUUGUCAAAGUUAUGACAUUAACCUUGAUAUACUAUAAACUAAAGUACAGAAUUUUAAAAGUAGAGAUUUUAUUUGUCUUUUUUACUAAUGUCCAAUCCAGGAUCCCACCUUGCAUUUAGUUGUCCCCUAGUUUAUGAUAAUGCAUCUUUUCGGCAGAUACAUGAUGUCGUAAUGUAUUUCUGGUGUUGUUAACCUUGAUCACUAGCCUAAAGUGAUGUCUGCUAGAAUUCUGUACUGUAGUCUUACUAUGUUUCCCUUUGUGAUUACCAAGUAUUUGGGGGGGGGGGGAUCCUUUUGAUUCUAUGCAAAUAUCCUGUUUCUGCUUAAACUUUAGCCCACUCAUUUUAGUAUCCACUGGUAGAUUUUGCUUGUGGUAGUUAUACUGCUGUAUCCUAAUGGUGGUGGUUUUUUUUUUUUAAAUUUCUCUCAUUACUUCUAUAUUAUUUGGAAUUCUUCUGUAAGGAACAGUUGUCUCUUCUGCAUUUAUAUUUUCAAUUAUAAUAUUUAGGAUAAGUACAAAUUUAGACCUUAAAGAUGUAAACCAUGUUAAAAUGAUUCCAAAUACCAAUAUCAAAGCAAGGGAAACUAAGUUAGUAACCUCUCUUGGAAAAUAUAAUGAAUUUAAGAGGAAAAGUAUUAAUGAUUUGUAGAAUUGGUUCAAUUUUUGACUUAAUAUUUAUUUCAGACUACAUUCGAAAUUUUCUUGAAAUUUAACAUGUGAGCUUUUAAAACAUUUUAUAUUACUUUGGGGAUCAUUUUUAUCAAAAUCUUGAAUAAAGUUACCUAGACUGGCAUGUUAAACAGAACAAUGUUUUCUUUGUAAUAAGCUACUGUUGUUCCAAAUAUAAAUGCCAAUAUAAAUAUUUAAACA